GAAGGAAGUAGUUGGCUUCCAAGGCUGCCCUUGGGGAUGGUGGAAUAAACACUGACCUGCCUUGAGAGGAAUGUGGGCGUUUGGCUGUGACCCAUACAGAUCAGGCUUUGAUUUUCUAGGAAGUGUGAGCCACGGUGCACACCCAGAUAAUCUGGUGGGAUUAUAUAGGCCUCAAACCAAGCCUGGAACUUUACAUCAAUUUUCUGCCUACCUCCAACACCAGAGCCUACUUGUCUAGAGGCAGACUUGGUUCCAGCAGGACUCCUUCAGCCAAGGGCAUCCAUCACAGGCUCUACUCCCCGCCUUCCUUGCCUUUCCUGGCCUGCAGUGAAACUGAUGAGGAGACUGAUGGGGACUGUCCUGUCGGGCACCAGGGCUGGCCUCAGCCCUGCAUGCUUCCCAGACACACUUCUGGAAAGCAUAUCUUUCCUCCUGAAGCCUGACUCCUUGAGGUUGGGAAAAGCUUCAUUCAGCCUGGGAAGUGAGCUGGAGGACUAAGCCAGACUGUGCCUGCGGUGGACAGGCCUAUGCGGCAGCCUGAGUUCUCCCUUGGGAUGGGAGGCCAGGGCCACUGGCCUGGGCUCCUGCCUGUGCUCUUGCUUCUCCUUGGCAUCGACUGGGCACAGGGGUGGCCACCCCAGCUACCAGAGCAGACUCCAGUGAUUGGAGCCCUGAGCAGGAAAGAGAGUUUUUUACUCCUAUCCCUACAUAACCGUCUCAGGAGCCGGGUCCAGCCCCCUGCAGCUAACAUGCAGAGACUGGACUGGAGCGAGAGCCUGGCCCAACUGGCUCAAGCCAGAGCAGCCCUCUGUGGUACCCCAGCCUCAAGCCUGACAUCUGCCCCGCAGCGUGCCCCACAAGUGGGCUGGAACACGCAGCUCCUGCCUGCAGGCUCAGCAUCCUUUGUCCAAGUGGUCAGCCUGUGGUUUGCAGAAGGGCAGCAGUACAGCCACGUAGCCACUGAGUGUGCCCACAACACCACCUGCAGCCACUACACUCAGCUCGUGUGGGCUACCUCGAGCCAAGUGGGCUGUGGGUGGCAUCUGUGCUCCAAGGGCCGUGCAGCGAUGGAAGCCUUUGUCUGUGCCUACUCCCCUGGAGGCAACUGGGAGUUGGAUGGGAAGACCAUCGCGCCCUAUAAGAAGGGUGCCUGGUGCUCACUGUGCACAGCCGGCCUCUCCGGAUGCUUCAAGGCCUGGGACCAUGCCGGGGGGCUCUGUGAGGUCCCCAGGAACCCAUGUCGCAUGAGUUGCCGAAACCAUGGACACCUCAACAUUAGCACCUGCCACUGCCACUGUCCCCCGGGCUACACAGGCAGGUACUGCCAAGUGCGGUGCAGUGUGCAGUGUGUGCAUGGCCGGUUCCGCGAGGAGAAGUGCUCCUGCAUCUGCGAUGUUGGCUACGGAGGAGCCCAGUGUGCCACCAAGGUACACUUUCCUUUCCACACCUGUGACCUGAGGAUCGAUGGAGACUGCUUUAUGGUGUCUUCUGAGGCAGACACCUAUUACGGAGCCAAGAUGAAAUGCCAGGGAAAGGGUGGAGUGCUAGCCCAGAUUGAGAGCCAGAAAGUGCAGGACAUCAUCGCCUUCUACCUGGGCCGUCUGGAAACCACCAACGAGGUGACUGACAGCGACUUUGAGACCAGGAACUUCUGGAUUGGUUUGGCAACUGUGUGGAGCUGCAGGCAUCCACUGCCUUCAACUGGAAUGACCAACGUUGUAAAACUCGAAACCGUUACAUCUGCCAGUUUGCUCAGGAGCAUGUUUCCCGAUGGGACCUGGGGCCCUGAGGAUGGCCAGGCAACUCCACUGCCAGCCCUGGGGGGGAAUCCACCCUGCUUGCCUGGCUGCUCCCCUAUAAGGAACAAGGACCAGGCUAGGACUUGCAUGAUUAACAUCCCACAAAAUCUCAGACCAUGGAGGAUGCAGGAAAUUGGACAUAGAGUGGUAGUGAAUCCUGUGAAGAAGGGGUCCUCCAGGAAUCUCAUGGAAAUGGAUAGCCUGGACCCCUCAGCUUGCUUUUGACUGGUGAGAUAAGCUUCAACAAGAUGCAGAAGCGGAAGCGAGAGCCAGCGGUCAGAAGAGGUCACUCUCCUCCAUCUUGGCCAAACCUUCUGGGACAACUGGAGCUUUUGGGGUGAUGCAGCCUGCAAGGGAUUAGACUCAGUUAUGAAUCAGAUAGGUUGGCAAUUGCUUGUUUCAAAGGAGAAUUUAGAUGACCCAGGAGGAUCCUGGGAAAAUGAAAUGGACCUAUCCUAUUUCCUUUGUUCCUUUACUGUUCAUCUUAUAAUCCAGGCCACCUUCUAGAUGUUUUCAGGCUACUCAGUAAUUUAGAAAAUCAAA